CUCAGACGUCUCAGCUCACUCACUUCAGACCUUUAUUGUUCCUUGAGGGGAAAUGUAUCUGUGGCCAAAGUGCGUAGCGUCGUCAGAGGCCUGACUGACGGCUGCCGCAGUAGCAAACUGCCCUCUCUGCCCCCGAGGAGGCUGUCACGUAUGACUAAUCCCUCCUCUUACCCCCCCAUUACAACAUUAACAGUUUACGUCCAGCAGCUUGUUGAAAGUAAACUGUGUACAGAGGCUGGAUGUGACUGCGCAGAGAAACACACUGACAGAUGAUAACACUGAGACUUCCUGCGCGUCCUUCUAGAGUCUGAUAGCUUCCUUUUUACACCGUCUCUGCAGUAAUUCUUACACUCAAAGCUUUUUCUGAGCAUUUGUCAUUUACAAAUUCAGUUUUUUUGUCUCUUAAUGCCAACUGCUAGUUCACCUGUUUGGCUAGAUGUUUUGUACAACAAGCAACAAGUUUUAAGUCAUUAAGUCACAGGCAAAUGAUGCAGUAUGCAAAUCUCUACCACACCUCUUUGUUUUCUAUUUAUAUCCCAAUGUACGGCAUUUAAAAGUCUGAACACCCACGCAAAUGGGGCUGCAGAUAAGUCAUUUUUCAUUGAGUCAUCGUUGAGUUUCAUCAAUGUCACAAAAUGGCAAUCGCAAUUUCCCAGGAGCCAAAAGUGACACUAUUUAAAUUAGUUUUGUCUGAAAAAUCCAAAUAUAUUCGCUUUCCUGUCACAUAAGAAGUGGAGAAACAGCAAAUCCUCACAUUUAAGAAGCAAAUACUUGACAUUUUUUUGCUGAAAAAAUGACAAACUGUUUUGGCUUCUUCGAAUUUGAGGGAAUUAGGCCUGGACAGUCCUCGAAAAAGUCCUUGAAUUUGAUAUUUUAAAAAGGUGUGAGAACCCUGGAGUAUACAAGUGUGUGUAAAUAAUAAAUAACGCUUGGAUUAUGAAGUAGGACUUUGAUUUCCACCUGUAUUAUCAUUACAAGGCUGGACAAGAAAGCACUUGAAGUGGAUUUGAUCUGCUUAAAAAAAAAAAGAAGGCACAAGUGAAAAGUUAAUGUUACAUGAACCCAGUGAGGUGUAGCAUGUCAGAGUCUUUGAAUAACAGCAUAAAGUGGACAGUGGAAGACUGAGAGAAUAAAAGAGGAGGAGGAGCCAGCAAAUGUUUGAGAUAGGAGGGCUCUUCCUGAGUUGAGCCGUUUGCUAUGUGACCUGCUCUCUUUCUCCACUCCCAGAACUAUGGACUAAAAACAUUACUUAACUUUACAAAGAUUUGAGCAACAUUGGAGCUUUGGGUUUCUGCAUGUUUUUGCAGCCAAAAUUCACUCUCAACUGAGGAAAGAAAAUCUCGAAAAAAAAAAGAGGUAUUUUUAACACAGCAGCAAACAUCAUUUAAAAGCUCUAAAAUGUUUGAUGAGUGACCAAGACAGCAGCACUUCGGCCUCUCAAACAGAGGGAGAAGUUGAGGGAGAGAGGGAUGAAGAGAUGGACGGAGAAAUGAAAGGUGGUGAUGAAGAAGGUGAAAAACACAGGGACAGUCCGGUCCCCAGUCUGUCCAGCUUCUCCACGUCUCUAAGCGCCGUCAUGCGCAUCAAACAGAAGUACCGGGCCAUGAAGAAGAGGCGGCAGGACAUGGCCCUGGGGCUGGCAGCAGACGGGCCCCUCACGGGAGCUCCCCCCAGAUCCAGCCCCAAAAUUUUCACCUUCGACGGACUCACCCCGUCCAGCUUCUCGUCCUCCGUCCCGCAGUGGAAUAAGAAUAAGAAGAGGAAGAGGAAACGGGUGUUGUAUCCCAACAGAGGGGGGUGCAGGGCGCCUCCGAAGCAGGAGCGCAGCCGAGCCAAAUACUGCCUCAUCCUGCUCUGUGCCAUCGUCUUCAUCCAGGUGUACAACGCCAUCGAGAACCUAGAUGACCACGUUCUCAAGUACGACCUGGACGGGCUGGAGAAGACGCUGAGGCGAGAGGUGUUUGGGCAGCAGGGAGCGGUCGAGGGUCUGCUGUCCCACCUGAAGGACUACCUGUCCACCUACGUCCACAACAAGCCCCUGGUGGUGUCCCUGCACGGCCCCAGCGGCGUGGGCAAGAGCCACCUGGGGCGCCUCCUGGCGGGACACUUCCGCUCAGUGGUGGGGGAGACGCUGGUGCUGCAGUACUACGUCCUCCACCACUGCCCCCAGGAGGCGGACGCCCUGCGGUGCGCCCGCGACCUCGCCACGCUCAUCUCGCAGAUGGUGGAACGCGCCGAGGAGGAGGAGAAGAUCCCGCUCUUCAUCUUCGACGAGGUGGAGCACAUGCACGGCGAGAUCCUGGACGCCCUGCUGCAACUCGUAGCCUCCAAACAGUCCAACGAGUACCUGAACGCCAUCUACCUGUUCCUGAGCAACCUGGGCCACACGCACAUCACCAAACAUAUGCUUCAAAACUCCUCCAGUAUUUCUAUGGCGUCGGCGUCGUCAGGUCGUCAUAGCCACCUCGUGAAAGAGCUGACUCCGAUAUUACGCCGCACUCUGGAGAAGCUUCACCCACUGUGGACAGAGGCGGACGUCUUACCUCUGGGCCUUUUGGAGAAAGGCCACGUGAUGGAGUGCUUCCUGGACGAAAUGACUCGAGAGGGCUUCUACCCGGAUCAUACCAACAUAGAGCGGCUCGCGGGGGAGAUUGAAUAUUACCCCGAGGCAGGGGGGCACCAGUACUCCCAGACAGGCUGCAAGCAAGUGGUCGCUAAAGUCAACCUGCUGUGAAAUCCCUCCACAGGAAAUGUCUAAAUGUUUCACAUUCUUUAACGGAUGAAGAAAUGGCGCGCUGGAAGUGGAUGAGGUUACGUGGUUAUGAAACUUGAAUGACACAACUCAGAGCCACAGUUUUUCAAGUGGCGUUUUGUAAGAGUGUGGGGGGUGGGGGGUGAGGGGGGGGUGGGGGGUGGGGGGUGAGGGGGGGGGGGACGCUGAAGAUGUUCGCCUCUGUUGUGGGAAAUGUGGCGUUUAUCUUGUGAAGAGCUUUGAAAACGCCCGGUCACACAAACAGCCCUUAAAGGUCAGCUCAGCUCAGUUCAGUAAGUAAAAACUAGUGAUGUGAUGAUGAAGUUCAGGUUUAAUUUGACCACCGUUUGAGAUAUCUGCCUCCACCAAAAUACAAAGGAGGUAAGUGGAAAUAUGUUUAUGUUGCUCACAACAUAAUUUAAAUAAUUUUACACUGUCAACCUAUUUUAUAGGGAUUAUUUCUUCAGUCGAAAACUGUUGAUGGUGAGGUGUGUCGAUUAUCGUGGGAUGGCAAUGUUGUUUAGUCGACCACUUUGGUCCAGACUGAAAUAUCUUAGCAACA